GGGACCUGUCGGCCUGCUCAGUGGGGGCCUGGAGGAGCGUCCAUAGCUCCGGUUUUGACAAGUCUGGGAGAGUGAAGAAGGUUGCGCCGGCUCGGCAUGAGCGGGUGCGCGGAGGCUGCCGCGGUGGCGGCGACCUUGCCCGGAGCAGGGGUCACGGACGCGGGGGCACCCGGCUUGCGGCCGCCAAUGGUGCCCCGCCAAGCAUCCUUCUUCCCGCCGCCCGUGCCCAACCCAUUUGUGCAGGAUACGCGGAUUAGCGCCUGCAGCCGAGUCCUGAUUUUCCUUUUGGGAAGUAUUUUGCUUCCAAUACGUGCCAUAUGUGUUGCAUUGAUUUUGAUAAUGGCUUGGCCAUUUGCUGCAAUUGCAACAGUAGGCUUACCAGAAAAAUUAACACAUCCAAUCAUAGGUUGGAGAAGGAAACUUACUCACCCAGCCCUGAAGUUCCUGGGUCGAGCUAUGUUUUUUUUAAUGGGAUUCAUGGUUAAAGUGAAAGGAAAAAUAGCAAGUCCAAUGGAAGCACCGAUUUUUAUUGUAGCUCCUCACUCAACCUUCUUUGAUGGAAUUGCAUGUGUUGUUGCUGGAUUACCAUCUAUUGUAUCAAGAACUGAGAAUGCAUAUGUCCCACUGAUUGGCAGAGUAUUACGAGCUGUUCAGCCAGUGCUGGUGUCCCGUGUAGACCCUGAUUCUCGGAAGACCACAAUAAAUGAAAUAAGAAGGAGAGCCACUUCAAGAGGGGAAUGGCCACAGUUGCUAGUCUUUCCAGAAGGCACCUGCACUAAUCGUACCUGUCUGAUCACUUUUAAGCCAGGAGCCUUCAUUCCAGGAGUUCCAGUGCAGCCAAUACUUCUGAGAUAUCCAAAUAAGUUGGAUACUGUGACCUGGACAUGGCAGGGGUAUACAUUCAUUCAGCUUUGUAUGCUUACUUUCUGCCAGCUCUUCACAAAGGUAGAAGUUGAGUUUAUGCCUGUUCAUGUUCCUAAUGAUGAAGAAAAAAAUGAUCCUGUUCUUUUUGCCAAUCACGUCCGGAGCAUCAUGGCAAAUGCUCUAGGAGUGCCUGUUACAGACCAUACUUAUGAAGAUUGUAGACUGAUGAUUUCAGCUGGACAACUGACUUUGCCUAUGGAAGCUGGUUUGGUAGAAUUUACUAAAAUUAGCCAGAAAUUGAAAUUAGACUGGGAAGGUAUUCGAAAGCAUUUGGAUGAAUAUGCUGCUAUUGCAACAGCCUCAAAAGGUGGAAGAAUUGGAAUUGAAGAGUUUGCAGAGUAUUUAAAACUGCCUGUUUCAGAUGUACUUCGACAGCUUUUUGCACUCUUUGACAGGAAUCACGAUGGCAGCAUAGACUUCAGGGAAUACGUGAUUGGUCUGGCCGUCCUGUGUAAUCCUGCCAAUACAGAAGAACUCAUCCAGGUGGCAUUUAAGCUUUUUGAUGUUGAUGAGGAUGGCUAUAUAACAGAAGAAGAAUUUGCCACCAUUUUGCAGGCAUCUCUUGGAGUACCUGACCUUAAUGUUUCUGGCCUCUUCCGGGAAAUAGCCAAAGGGGAUUCAACACAUGUUUCCUACAUGGAAUUUAGGAGUUUUGCCCUGAAACAUCCAGAAUAUGCCAAGAUUUUUACUACAUACCUAGACCUCCAAACAUGUCAUGUAUUUUCAUUGCCCAAGGAAAAUGACAUCGCUCCAUCAGUUGCCCAUAACAAAGUCAGUCCAGAACCUAAUGAAGAUGGUACAUCGGACAAAAAAGAUGACUGAACCAAAAAUGGACAUCUGUUUUCAUUUUAUAUUUUAAAGGCAUUUAUUAAUGAUAUUUAAAAUGUGUCUGCUGAAUAUAGAUUACAUUUAAUAUUGGAAACAUUUUGCUUCUCUAAAGUUGUUUUAAUGGAACUUAUUUAAAAAGUUAUCUGAAUCAUCUUUUACCAUUUUCUUAUGGUAUGCUUUGUCUCAUUCAAUAAUGUGGUUGGUUUAUUGGGGAUAAAAUUCCAGUUUUCAUAGAUUUUACUUUUCAAAUCAAGAUGACUGCCAAAUAAAUAUAGUGGUCUGUGUUUUGGGGGUGAUCAACUGAAAAUGUCUUUAUUAUAUGUGUUUUUCUGGGUCUCCUGGAAAAAAAAGAAAAACAUUCUAUGUUCCUGAAUUGGUUUUUCUCUUGAAAAGAUAUUCCCCAAAGCACAGGGAUAGGAUAAGAUGUGAAUCAGGAUUCUGAAGCUGGCUAUUUCUGGUAAUCCAUUAUUUUGUUAAAUUCUUUAUUCAUUUUCCAGGAAUAAAAAUAAUUCUUGUAUUAUAACUUAUGCAAUUAGAAUACAUAAUUCUAUUUAUUAGAUAAGACAUUUUAAGAAAUUAAUAUUCUUAGUGUGCAUCUGAUAGAUCUUCAUAAUUAUCUGUCAAAAUCGAUAUUCCUAUGCAUAUUUAGGGUAUGUUGAUAAUAUAGUGGUCUCUUUGGCCAAUGACUGAGUAUGAAUGCCUUAUUAAGUUAAUACUGAUUGCUUAAUGAGAACAAUAAACUGUGUUAGAGUUGAAUUUUAUUCAACAGAAUGUAUUAUUUGCCCAACAGACAUUUUUUAUUGUGUAUCUAUCUAUCUAUCUAUGUUAACAAUCUUUUAGAAAAAUCUAUGUUUAAUCUUAAAAGUGGAGUUUUCCAUUAAAAAUGCUCUAUUUUCUAAGAGGGAAGUAGACAAGUUGAAGUUUGUCAGGAAUACCUACUUGGAAAAUACACAAUUAUUCAAAACAUAACCAAAAGCUAAGAUAGCAGUUGUGAUAGUUUUACUUUAGGUUAGUUAGUAGUUGCAUUCAAAUUCAUUUUAAAUUUAACCUCAUCAUGUACACUGUCCAAAUUUUUGAUAUUUUAAAAAAAUACUGUGUGCUCUAUAUAGUCUGAGACAAAAAAGCAAAAGAAUCACUCGGAUAUAAAAAGAGGUUGCUUCUGGCUUUUUAUAGAAUAUCUGAAAUGAAUUACACAGUCUGGAUCUUUAUCUUUUUUUUUUUAAAGUAAAGUUGCCCUUCAAUGAAAAUAGAAAUAUUCACAGUAGAUGUCAGAAUUUAUUUUUGGCAAGUAAUCAUGAUUUUAAACUAAUUGUACACAUUGAUCAAUAAAUGUCCUCAUUUCCCAGAUAAUUAAAUGUGUAUUUAGAUAAUUAAAUAUCAGCCCAUAUCCUUAAGAAAACACAAUUGUUUGAUUUUUACCCCUCAAAGCUAUUUAGACAUUAAGCAAUAAGUGAAGUGAAGUAAUUGUUUGAAUAAUUAGAAUAGCACAUCAUUGUUAUAUAGUAUCUGCCACAAGUAGUUGAAAAAUACCUGAUACUCAGAUCCAGUAAUUGUUUGUUGUUUAUCACAGAAAAUCUAGAUAUUAGUCUUAUCAAUCACGAAAGACCAAAGAUCCUUAAUAAAUAACAUUGCAAAUUAAAGGCUUUCUUUGGGGCUAAUGCAAUUGAUUAUAUUGUUUUCCUGUUUUAAAAUAGUAUUUAUGCUAUUUAAUUGCACUAAUAAUUUGUCUAUGUAAUCUUUCAACAUUUCCUAUUUUAUUAUGUUACUGAAUAAAUAA